AUGGGGAGACUCAGUGCUGCUCAACUUCGCAGCCUCUGCAAUGGGCCAAGGGUCAAGCUCAUGCAUGCCAUCAACCCGAAGGAAGCUCCUCAGGUUCUCUUUGACGCUAUUCCAAAGAACAUGGUAACCUAUUUCUCUGCCGUGCUGAAGGAUUGCUUCCCGUCCAAAGAUACAGGGCAUGCAAACCGCCCAGGAUGUGAUGGUAAGGAAAUAGCCACAGUAUACGGUGGUCUGAAGCAGGCCUUCAUCAUCGUCUUUGACUGGAUGGUCAAAUCCUGUGAAGGUCGCGGCCUGAUCUGGAUUGAACGGAUGAACUAUACCAAAUACGCUCGGAUUUUCGAAGCUGCUAAGCUCCUCGAUGUUGAACUGGUUUACAAUGACAUGCUCGCUCGCAUGAACAAGAUGGCCAAUACUCAGAUUCGUGUUGAAGAAGUGCGGAAGAUCUAUCAGUCCUUCCCCAAGAAUUCCGAGCCGCGUCAGAUUGUUAUCCGCAGCAUUGGUGAUGCGGUGUUCGACCGACGUUUACGUGCUUGGGCCUUAUACAAGGAGUUCAAAAUCGAAUGUCGUGAAUAUGACGAUGACAUAUAUGAGUAUGUUCAAAGUAAACAUCGUGUCAUUGCAGAAGAAAGGAAGCAACGGCAGGUGAGAAACCGGGGGAACAUGAGACGAGCCGGUCAAAGCCAGCCACAGCAAGAUAAAGAGGUGGAAAAUACACCGGACCCGAAAGCAGAAGAUCAAGUAGUGACCAAGAAGGUUACCGGAGUAGUAUCUCGCAAGGGGAAAGGGGGCCAUCCAAGCUACGUCAAAAUCACACUGGAUAAGUUUGGUGUUGAUAACGCAGACUACCGCUCUCACCAGUGGUAG